ACAAAAAUAUAUAUAAUGGUUGAGGUUAUCAAUGCUUCUAGCUACAUUCAGUGGCAAAUCAUUCGUAAGAACAGCGCGUUUUUGAAACGUCAGCGAGGUAUUCCCAAGCAUUUCAGCACUGAACCUUUCAAUAUGGCUCGUAUAAAUAGUAUUCGCCAUAAUGGGCUGAUAAAUGCAAAAGCUGUGGAUGUUCGUCUGCCAAAGGAUGGAAAGGGGGUUCAAUUGACUAUUAAAAAGAAGCGUGCUGUCAAUAAACCGGUUAAGGCAAAGUCGACUACUAUUUUUACUAAGGAUAGUCGCAAAGUUCUCAAAUCUGUCGGAAGUUUCAUCCGCACCUAUAAACCAUCACACGCCAAAUUAGCUCAGCGACGUGCAUCACAACUUUUGCGAACCCAAAAGAAAAUAAAAUCGAAAGGCGCGAAGAAGACCAAGGCUGAAUAA